AUGUUUACCACCUGUUCAAUAGUAACCAUUUGUCCAGUAACCAACUUUGCAGUAAGCACAUCUGUGCCCCCACAUGCAUGCAACCGCCCCUCCGCCCUCACCGCACCUGUCGGGCCGGAAGCCGGCACGCAACUGCGCCCUCCCCUGCGCCCUCCCCUGCGCCUUCCCCUGCGCCUUCCCCUGCGCCCUCCCCUGCGCCCUCCCCUGCGCCCUCCCCUGCGCCCUCCCCUGCAACCUCCCCUGCGCCCUCCCCUGCGCCCUCCCCUGCGCCCUCCCCUGCGCCCUCCCCUGCGCCCUCCCCUGCAACCUCCCCUGCGCCCUCCCCUGCAACCUCCCCUGCGCCCUCCCCUGCAACCUCCCCUGCGCCUUCCCCUGCAACCUCCCCUGCGCCCUCCCCUGCAACCUCCCCUGCGCCCUCCCCUGCGCCCUCCCCUGCAACCUCCCCUGCGCCCUCCCCUGCAACCUCCCCUGCGCCCUCCCCUGCAACCUCCCCUGCAACCUCCCCUGCGCCUUCCCCUGCAACCUCCCCUGCGCCCUCCCCUGCAACCUCCCCUGCAACCUCCCCUGCGCCUUCCCCUGCAACCUCCCCUGCGCCCUCCCCUGCAACCUCCCCUGCAACCUCCCCUGCGCCUUCCCCUGCAACCUCCCCUGCGCCCUCCCCUGCAACCUCCCCUGCGCCCUCGCUGCACCUGUCAGGCAGGAAGCUGGUCUCCACGGUGGGGUCCUUGCCAAACUUGCUCAUCCUCGCCUUCUUCCGCCCCUCCCCCGCUGCCCCCUCUCCGCCCCUGCCUGCCCCGUUCUCUGCUGUCGCCCACACAUGGGGAGAAGGAUGAGAGGGGAGAAGGAUGA